AUGGGAACAACUUAUCUACUAACACUAUUAGGUAUUAUCAUCACCGUCUCGGCCCUUGUGGCCGCCGGGAUUGCGGUCUACGAGUCGCCCCAGUUUCGACAAUGGGUGGACAACUCCCGCCGGAAAAUCGCCGUGGCCUUGCACCAGCUGGGUGAUGAGAUCCAUCCUCGAGCCUCAUCUCCCCUUCGUCAGGACAUCUCCAUGACGGAAGAGAUGGGACCGGAGGCCGAGGAGCGACGGCGUCUUGCGCGCGAGGAACUUCAGCGGCGUCGCAGUCUGCUUGAAGAGCAUCGCAAGCGACAGCACGCAUCCCCUCCGGGCACCUUCGACGCCUUGGUGGACGAGAACGGUAGUCUGAGGACAGAAAGUCCACAACUGGGAACGGGAAUGGGCGUUGGGUCCCUCGCCAACUCCACUGCGGUCGAGCUGUCUGCCUCACAAGUUGUCCAACGGGCCCGUCCGAUAGACGCUGAAGAAGCCAACGACACUGCACCUGACACGGACCGGUUGCGUGUCGCGAUUCCUCGUGCGCAGAGUCCCGCCAGCACGUUGGUGGAGUAUACGCCCACCUCCGAGGCGCCAGAGGAUGGUUUUUCAACGACGACUCUGGAGCAGAGUGUCUCGUCUGACCACACGGGCGGCUAUCCUGAGGCUAUCUUCGAGCACCCGGGCACCCCGCAGAAUGAGACAAGUCGCGAUCUGAGAUCCCCAUUCUCUGAUCUUUCCGAGCUGGACUCGGCUGGUUUUGGGAACCACGAGCGUCCGUCAACACCGUCUACCUCCAGCAGCUUCAGCCACAUCUACGAAUCCGCCGCAGAUGGAUUCUCAGACGGGACUUUGAGCGACGUGGGACGCUCGACUGGCGCUGCCACCCCGGCUAGUUGGUCGGAGAUUGGCAGUGUCAUCAGUAACGACGAUGUGCAGCCCCAUGGACUAUAG